AUGGUAGCUCCUUUGUAUGGGGGCUCCCAGGGCUACGGGGGCUCCCAGAGCCAUGGGGGGUCCCAGAGCCAUGGGGGCUCCCAGGGCUACGGGGGCUCCCAGAGCCAUGGGGGGUCCCAGGGCUAUGGGGGGUCCCAGGGCUAUGGGGGCUCCCAGGGCUAUGGGGGCUCCCAGGGCUACGGAGGCUCCCAGGGCUAUGGGGGCUCCCUGGGGGUUCCCGGGGCUUUGGGGGUUCCCGAGGCUAUGGAAGCUCCUUUGGCUUUGGAAGCCAACCUCUUUGGUCAUGGGGGCUCCCAGGGCUACGGGGGCUCCCAGAGCCAUGGGGGGUCCCAGAGCCAUGGGGGCUCCCAGGGCUACGGGGGCUCCCAGAGCCAUGGGGGGUCCCAGGGCUAUGGGGGGUCCCAGGGCUAUGGGGGCUCCCAGGGCUAUGGGGGCUCCCAGGGCUACGGAGGCUCCCAGGGCUAUGGGGGCUCCCAGGGCCAUGGGUCCAGUGGCUUUGGCAAUAGUGGGAGAUCCCACGGCUCUGGCUUCUCCUCCUCUGCCACGAGGAGUCAUAUCUCUGGUGGCCAGAGGGAAGGCUCAUCCCACCACGAGAGCUGUGGGUCUUACUAA